AUGGCGGACGACGACCUCGUCGCGCGCUUGAGGCGCGGCCUCGAGGCCAAGGACCCGUCGGCCACCGCGCAGGCCUUUGUGUCGAUCGACCCGGUGACGCCUCUCCCGCUCCCGCUGCUUGCCGCCACCUCCAACCUCCUGUCCCUCCACCGUCACAACACCGCCGCCUACUCGGCCUUUGAGCGCGGCCUGGCCCUCGCCGACGGUCCGGCCGCGCUGGUCAAGGCGGGACUGAACUUCAACGCCCUCCUCUACGCCUGCUGCCGCGAGCCGUCGAUGCUGCCGAGCGCUCGCACCGCCUGGCGCGUGCUGGGCGAGGCGGGUGUCGCGCCGGAGCUCCCGCCGCUCGAGAAGUACAUCGGCUCGCUGCUCGAGAGCCAGAGCUACGACGACGCCUUUGGCGUGUUCCUCACAGCCAUCGACGCCUCGCUCUCUCCUAGCCUCAAGACGUCGGCCGCGCUGGUCGGCUGCUGCGCCGCAGAGCCGCGGCUCGCGCAGAUGAGCUUCGCCGUCUUCUCGACG